AUGGCAGGCAAAGCCGACGAACCCCCCGCCUACACGAGCGGUCCCCAACCGCCACAAGCCGCCUACCAAGGCGUCUCGUACGGCCAGCCGCAACCCCAGCAGUACGGUACCCCACCACCUCAAGACGGAGGCUAUUACCAACCGAAUCCGAACAUGGGGUACUACCAACAACAGCCACCACAAGGCGGAUACCCCUACUCACCGCAACAACAACAAGGCGGAUUCUAUAACCAGCCGGGACCGUACGGACCGCAGCAGGGAUACUACGGCCAGCCCCAGGGCGGAUACUAUCAAGAUCGGAGAUCGGGGCCCGGGUUUACCGAGGCGCUACUGGCAAGUUUGGCGUGUUGCUGUUGUUUGGAUUGUUUGUUGUUUUAA